AAUCUGCACUAGCUGCUCUGGAGUCUGACAGUGUGUCAUCGUUGUCUUUUUGGAUUUCUGUGUGAAGGUCAACAUGAACUGUGGAAGACAACAACUCGGAUGUUUUUCCGGUCAACCUUUCGCCAACAUGGGAGUACUUAAUGCCACUUUGUGAGACUGAUGGAUGACAUGAUACCUGUUACUAAUAUCACUAGCUAAUAUCACUACCGAGCCUGCAGCCAUGCUGGGCUCUCAGGAGGCAAGCCUGGAUGAGAAUGCCCUAUUCCUGUCAGUAAACCCGGCCUCCCCAGAGUUCCUCUACUCAGAGGUGGAGCGCCAGUCGGUGGAGAAGCUCCUCAAUGAAGGUCCCAAAGCCUUCUACUAUUCUGUCGGUGCCGAACUUUUCGGCUCCUUCUUGUCUCCCAAUGAGGUCGAAGAGAUCACUGGCUGGGUUCAGGACUUUCAUUUUAAUCCGCUGCCAAAAGAGGAGAACGAACAGAAAAGCAACCCAGACACCGUGGAACUCAUAUCCUCCUACUUCCCCUCCUACUCGGAUGCACCCGCUCCGGGUUUGGAGCUGGGCUGGCCUGAGGCGCCUUGGGUGCGCAUGGAAAAUGUUGCAGUUUACACAAAUCCUCCUGCUGAGGGAGAACCUCCCAUUAGAGAGGUCAUCAGACGGCAUCUGCAGAAGGCCAGCCAAGUAAUUGCCAUUGUGACGGACAGGCUGACAGAUGCUACUAUAAUUGGAGAUUUGCACAAUGCAGCCUCCAGGGGUGUCCCGGUCUACAUCAUCCUCAACAAAAGGACCAUUGAGGAAAAGUACACACUUCACAGGCUCGGACAUCCGAACAUCCGGGUUCGUCUUCUUGAAGGUAAAAGCUUCUGUUCUAGGAAGGGAAAAAUGGUGGUGGGGGAGUUAAAAGACAAAUUCCUUCUGGUGGAUUUGGAGACAGUCCUUCACGGCAGCUACAGCCUCACAUGGACUGACGCUCAUUUACACCGACAACUCGUCACCGUCGUCAACGGCUCGGCUGUUGACACCUUUGACAAAGAGUUCAGGACCCUUUUUGCUGCCUCUGCCCCUGUCCCUAACCUGUGGGAGUUUGCCAUUCCCCGCUUGGAAGUGCCUCAGCAGCGAAUGGACUUCUCAGACCCCAGCCCCCCCAGACACUUUCACAUGAAAUACGAGAUCCUCAACCCUCCUUCGCCGCCGAUGGACGUCCCCCUGGACUGGGAAGCCAUGGGUGUCUUCCCCAGAGAUAGAUUACCGGACAGCCCUCUUGAGAUGAAAGAAGGACUUGUGGCCAAGGAAGCAGUCUUGCAGACCGACAUGCAGUUUGACAAAAAGACACCUGUUACAGACACUUUUACUUACAAUGGAUACAAGCCUAUGACAACAAGAAGGACGUGGGAAAGCUCUCCAGGGACAAACAAUAUGCCAGAAAACUCAAAGACCUCCAAUUGGACAGACCGUCAGAUAGAACAACCCGCAUCCCGCCAGUUCUCCAAAGAGAAGCUCAACAAUGUGGAAGACAGAACAUCAGCAAGGUUUGAAGACAAAGACGGCGACUGGAGGCGAAAUUUGUUAUUUUCCUCUUUGAAUUAUAAGCGGCGCUCACGGUAUGAGCCCAGCGUGAGGGAGGAGAAGAACACGGAUGACGACAUCAGCGCCAGUAUAGAGAACAAAGCCUCCUCCAGAAAACCUUUAAUCCUGAGGGUCCCUCAGUCUGAGAGCUUCAACUCCAUGAAUGACCUCAUGAAGAGGUUCAGGCCUCAGCACAACAAUGCAGAACUCCUCAGAAGAGGAUCCAAGACCGCCAUGUCUGAAAUGACCCACUCCAUGAUGGACCUCCACAUGGAUGUACCCAGUGCCGACAGAGCUCAGGAUGACAGAAGACUAUCAGUACCCAGGCUUAAUACCAGUAGUUUCGAACCGGACCAGAUGACGCCGGGCUUAAUGCUGAUGAAGAGGCGGAACGAUGUCGUAAAAUCCGCCCUGCAAAGAAUUCCGCAGGCCUUUCAGCCCAGAGAGAGACCUCGCAGCUACGCUCUGGAUCUGAACUGGAAGUCUCUGAGGGAAAGAAAGGGCGAAGAGGGGGAAUGAGCAGCAAAAAAAUUGGACAACCUCUGGAUGUUACCUCUGUAGUGUUAUACACCCAAACUAGCAAAAACUGUCUGGGACUCCAAUAAACAGACUGGUGUGAA